GGCUGAACAGACCCAGGGCUCUCAGCCUUUCCUCAUACAGGAGAUGCUCCAGGCCCUGUCUCAUCUUUGUGGCCUCCGCUGGACUCCUUCCAGGAGAUCUCCGUCUUUUCUGAACUGGGGAGCCCAGAACUGGACACGGUAUUCUAAAUAUGGCCUCACUGGGGCAGAGUAAAAGGUGCCAGUCUCUACACUUCCUCCUGUUAAACCUCAUCAGGUUCCUCUCUGCCCAACUCUCCAGUCUGUCCAGGUCCUGCUGAAUGGCAGCACAGCCUUCAGUGAGAUGGAUAAUGAAAUGAGGAACGACGCUGAUGUGAGAACAGCUGGAAAUCUGCCUUCCUCUGAGUUGAGAGCAGUGAUGUCUGACUGACCAGUUCUCUGUUAGUGUUUGUCAUCUGUUUCCAAUGUUGAUGUUUUCACUGAGACAUCAGAGUGUAAUUUUUGCCAUCCUCAGGUCCCUCAUCUCCAGUUAGCACCAAAAAUAAGCCAGUUUCUUAGAAGCUCAGUCUUGGUUGGGAUGACUGUGGAAAAAGCAUUUGCUUACUCAGAAGAGCAACUCAGCCUGUGGAAUUUGUGGACAAAAGUAGUAGUUGCACUCACCAGGAAUGUUUCAACUUUAAUUUUCAGAAAGAAAAUUUUUUUUGUUUUUAAGAAAAAGUGUGAAUUCUCUUUUUUUUUCAUUUGAUAGUUUAAUGGUCAGCUGAGAAUGUACUUAUAUGCAACACCAAGGUAAUCAUAACUGUGUCCUAAAUGACAGAGAGGCAUCUGCGUAGUGGGGAGGUGGAAGGAUGUGGGGCUUGUCAUUACCCAGUUCUAUAUGCAGUGGAGAGUCCAACUAUGUGGAGUUUCUGUUGUUGGUUUGUUUUAGGUAUAGGUCAUGUGAGAUCUGAGCUGGAAUGGAGCAUGACUCACAUACCACGUGGGAAUUCAAUGGCUCCUUCUAUCAGCCUUCAGCUUUCCUCAUGAUGGGCAUCCCAGGCCUGGAAGCCUUUCACCACUGGAUCUCCAUCCCUUUUUGUGUCCUCUACCUUACUGCUCUCUUGGGAAAUUGCAUGAUCCUAUUCGUCAUAAAGAAGACCCAAAGUCUUCAUGAACCCAUGUACUACUUUCUCUCCAUGCUAGCAGUCACUGACCUGGGGCUGGUUUUAAGCACACUGCCUACAACCCUGGGCAUUUUUUGGUUUAAUAUCCGAAGGAUUGGUUUUGAUGCCUGUCUCACUCAGAUGUACUUCAUCCACAUACUGUCCUUCAUUGAAUCCUCUGUGCUCCUGGCAAUGGCGUUUGAUCGCUUCGUUGCUAUCUCCCAUCCACUUAGAUACCCAUCCAUACUGACCAAGACGACUGUCAUAAAAAUAGGUCUGACAAUCAUAUUGAGAGGUACGGUCUCCCUUCUUCCAAUACCCUUCUUGCUCAAGAGAUUAACCUAUUGCGGGAAGACCGAGCUUUCCCAUUCUUUUUGCUUCCAUCCUGACAUCAUGAACCUAGCAUGUGCAGAUAUAAAAGUCAAUAUCUUCUAUGGUCUGAUUGCUUUGUUUUCAACAGUAGGGAUGGACCUUAUCUGCAUUGUACUGUCCUACAUCCUGAUCAUUAAAACUGUUAUCAGCCUUGCAACUAAGGAGGAGUGUCUCAAGGCUUUGAAUACAUGUGUCUCCCACAUCUGCGCUGUCCUAAUAUUCUUCAUCCCAAUGAUUGGACUGUCCAUGAUUCAUCGUUUUGGAAAGGAUCUUCCUCCUCUGGUUCACACUUUGGUGGCCUACACCUACCUUAUAAUUCCCCCUGCCCUCAACCCCAUCAUCUACAGCAUCAAAUCCAGCCACAUCCGCGAGGCUUUGUUCAGGGCACUGAGGAGGAAGUGUGAAUCUGAGUGGUAGGUUCUUCCACCAGUUCUGCCAGAAAAUGCUUGUGGACCUUUCUUGUGGUCAGAACUACUGGACUGCUUUCUUAGUGCUGCAUCCAUGGGUGUCACUGCCAGGCAAAGGAACUGCAGAUCCACUCAGACGUUGUCCCUCAACCCAGAGCUGUGACCUUUCAUGUUUUGUCCUGGCAUGAAGCUUGCCCCUUUCCAACAGCCUGCACGCACCCCAGGAGUGGAAGCCCCACUCAUGGGGAAACAAUUACAGGAAAAUGAGCUUCUCUUUUUGAGUUACACAAUGGAGUGGAGCAAGGAACCUCUGCAAUACAUGUUAUGGCAUCCAACAGCCAGAUAAUAGCGUGUAAGCUUCACCCGGGCUCCCUUGCAUGGGAUCAUUGCUCCCUCGUUGCAUGUUACCAGAUAGCUCCCCAGGACCACAAACUCUGCAGGACAGGACAGAGGCCAAAAGCCCCUGGAGUCACUCUGAAUAUCAGAGUAAUUUUGUUCAACUGGAAACAUCCCACAAGAUGGAGAUCAUUUCCAGAGGUUGAGCACAGAGCAUUUUUGGAAGAUUACAUCAUUUUAAGUGAACCCACAACACUUAGUUCGCCUAACAAAUGACUCAGCCUUAAUCUUCAUCUGUAUUUCUAAACUGCCAUACGCAUUUACAGUGCUGCUUUUGCAUCUCCUUUUGCUUUCAUUCAGCCUUACUAUCGUACCAAGUCUAAUGUUCAAGCCAUUGUCUUUUUGCAUUGAAUGUAAAGUAUGUAU